AUGAAGUACAGCGGGCUAUACUUUAUCUCUAACCCUUCCACAAACAUCGACGCCUCCCUAUCCAUCGUAAACACCCUCAUCCAAAGCAUCGAGUCAAGCUUCCAGAGCGCAACACGCCAAGCACCAUGGUCGCUCUCAUACCGCGCCUUCCGCGACACCAUACCCCCAGGCUACCAGCACCCAACCGGCGCAGACGGUAAACCAAAACCAUACGCGCAUUCAUACCAACACCUCCUCCACCUCUCGAACCUCGACUCCAACCGCACAUAUAUAUAUGCGCAGCCUGCAACACAACCAGAAACUGUCGUAUCCAUACCGCUUCGACAACAAGACGCAUAUGGCUCGAUUGGAGAACUGCGAGCGACGCGCGAGGGCCCACAGUCUGCAAGUGUAUUGUCGCCCGGCAUCGUCGUCUGCAUCACUACGACAGUCGGCGCAGAGGAUACAGACGACGGCCCUGACUCGGGGCAUGCGUCUGUGGGCAAUGAAACGACAAUGCAGGUCGACGGUGACGACGACGAGAUCGACUUUGAGUACGCACAAACUGUGAUUCGUGAGUUCUGGAGUAAGAUCAAAGACGGUCGCGACCUUGGCCGCUCUGAAGUCCGGGAAGUCAUGAUGGCACCAGUGGCCCCGCGUAAGAAGGCCCAGGAACGCGAUGCCGCUGUGCGGCGCGUCUAA